GUCAGAAUACUGCAUAAUCACACGUGAAAACGAAGUUGUGGCGAUUAGUUUCAUUUUUAGCUGUUCCCUGGAAUAUAUGUUGGACAUUUCUGUUGUCGCUUUGGUGUAGAACAUGGAUUCAUAAUGAUUCAGAGAUUUGAUCACUUUUAAAUAUGCGGAAGAGCAGCGUUUUGAUGUUGGAUUUGGAUCUGGAUCGUCAGGUGUUCUGUCUCUGCAGUUUGUGUAUUUGAAGAAAUCAUGUGUCAAAUUGAUGAAGGACUAUAAUAGGCUGGAGUGUAACCAGAAGAUACAUUUACUGGCGUAAGUUGGCCUGAAUAGUGGACAUCAUUUAUGCUAAUUAUUCAGUACUAUGGUCAUGCUUCAAGGAAUACCUCAUACACAAAUUUCGGGCCAUGCCAGGAAAGAAUCGAGUCAUUUUUCCCCAGGAGAAGGUUCUUCUUGCCGGUUCUGGUGGAGCAAAUUCUUGCUUGAUGCUCUCACAAGUCCAAGAGGUCAGGUGCAUUGUGGGAUACAGUAUUCUGCACACUUUGGGAGAAGUAGGACAUCUGGGUUUUCAGUCUGCCCAGCUCUGUACUGGCUCCUGGGAGCUCUGAUCCAGACCGGUCCAAUCCCAGUUAUGAAGUUGCUGUGGAUCAGUAUAUCAAACAGAACCUCACAGAAGAGGCUGCAGCCGGUGCGGUGUCACAGCUCAGUAUACAUGACUCACAACACAAGCAAGCUGGCAUUAGAGACACUGUUCGGCUCGCUGAUGACGCUCACAGCUAAAGAGGACAUGUUACAGACGUUAAGGAGAGUUUUUCAACAUUGAUUUAUAUUAGGCAUAUUUAUUUGUAUAUCUUUUUUUUGGGCUACAUAUGUGUUUUGCAGUUUUAUGUUGAGCAUACACCAUGUCAAAUGCACUCUUAUAGACUGUUGGUUUCAAUUAAACUGUUUAAACAA